CUCGUGAGCCCGCAGACCGCUUGAUGGAUCGAUCCAAAGCAUAAAAAUUCAAAGGCUGGGGGGCUCCGCCGCGGCUUUUGCGUCGCUGUGCACGGCGCGAGAGGAGCCUCAGUAGAUAAACGCAGCGUCGGCAGCGCUACGUCUAUACCUCAAUUAACCGCUGCUGCAACCGCGUUACGGGUGGUGCCGCAGAAGCCGCGCUUCAGCCGAUCCCGCGCUGUGCAGUGGUUGCCACACGCGCCGACGUAGAACGAGCACUCAUCAUCAUGGCCCACGCCGGCACGCCGGCCUCGCGGCUCUCGCGCGAGACCAAAGAGCCGAAGCGCUUCGCCGCCCAGGCGCAAUAUGCGACGCAGCGCAAACCGAGCGUGCUACGCCGGGCGGCCGAGUCCGAAUCGGACGACGACGACUCCGCCCAGCCCGGCGCGAUGACAGGGGCGGACUUCGUCAAGCAGGAACAGAAGGCGGCCGAGGCCGUGGGCCUCUCGCCGCAGCGCGCGGAGGCCCCGCUAUACAAACGCGACGCCAGGGCGAAGAAAGUGACGCUGCCGCGCGGCUGGAAGCCCUCGUCGCCCCAGGAGGUCGAGGACUAUCUCAAGCACUUGAACAGUGAUCAACUCAACAAGAUCGUGAGGCUCCACAAAUACGCGUUCUUCUCCGGAGGGACCCUGAAGACUGUGGGACAGGCAACCGCCAAAAAGUGGUUCCUCGACCGCGGCCUCGUCGUCGGGCCCUGGCACAAGGAGGGCUUCCCGGGCAUGUGCAACUCGGAGGCGCUGGCGAAGCAGCGGAUUGUGAAAGUGGCGCAGGACAACAACGCGCAGUCGUCCCACGACGCCACGAUGGCGCGGCUGGCGGGCAUGGGCCUGCCGAAGGGCGAGCAGACGCACGACGAGUCGUACGGAAAUUAUAAGGCCGAGGACUUGCUCACGGCGGCCUUCCUGAGCGGCAAGCCCAUGCCGAAGGGCAGCCGCGAGAAGCAGGAGAAGGUCGCCGAGUGGUUCCCGUCGAAGGUCGGCGACUGCGUUGACUGCGGGCUGCGCCGGUUGUUAGUGAAGAUCGAGCACGCCAACGGCGGGCCGGACGACGGCAAGCGGCGCAAGCCGCCGUGCCACGAGGACAACACGGGCGAGCGCGCGGACUGUGACAUGGCCAUUGACGCGGCGUACAAGGCCGACGAGACGUUGGAUGAGGACGGGUGCGAGGCGGUGCCGAAAUCACAUUUCACGACAUUCCACGACUCACUGGUCGAUUUCUACUCAGGUACGCCAGACUCUUAGACCUGCGGCUCGCCUACGCGCGGCCCGACGGCGCGUCCGCCGAGGACCUGGAGAUCCUCGCCCAGGCCGAGCGCCUGGCGGCGGAUGUGAGAGCCCCGGAGGACCAGGAGGCCCUCGACUACCACUCGACGCUGCGCCGCCGCCCCGCGGACGACGGCGAGACCACGACGCUCGAGGAGAGGCGCGCGUCGUUUAAGGAGAUGGAGGACGCGCGCGCGGCGGAAGAGAGGAAGUCGCGAGCGGCGAGGGAGGCGCAGCUGGCGAAGCGACCGCCCCUCCGGCCGAAGACGCGCGUCAUCGUCAAGGCGACGGGUACGCGCGGCGUCGUGCUUCGUACGACGGGCGGCGGCGCGUGGAUCUGGGUCGAGCACGAAAACACGUCGUGGGGGGGGACGUGGGAGAAGGCCUACCGCCCGCUCGAGCUCGACAUCGACACGUCGCGCAAGCCGUCCGCGCGCAAGC